CCCUCUCCCUCUGCUGUGCGCGAGCGGGAGGAGGGCGCACGGGUGUCAUUCGCUCCUGCCAACUCUUCUAGUAGUGAUCAGUCUGUACGUGUUCGUGUCUUGGAGCUGGAAUUUGGGGAGUGGAAAUACCACUGUUACUUUCACAGUUGGCGUCAAGUCGAAUGAGAGUGACCCUCUGACAUUCUACUGUGUUGGUCAGACAGCGCGCAUCGGAAACGGGCCGAACCGUUACCGAACGAACGCAGUCAAAAGGAAUAGGAAUUGGGGAUGUUAUACAGGGUGGUAGUGAAUGUAUGAGAUAUUAUUGUAUCUUUAAAGUUUUUUGUUCCACUUUUGAUAUACAAUUAUCAGUUAUCGAUUGAUAGCCUACCAGUUGGGGCACUUUAGGCGUCUGGAUUUUCGGAAUCAACAAUUGUUUUCUGAGUUUGGAUUAUUAUUAUUAUUUUCCUGGGAAAUGGCAAGUUCUUAUUCUGCGAGAGAAACACGACUUUCGGAGGAGAGAGGAAACAGCAGCUGAAUAAUAAGCUUCUAAAGGAUGCUGGCAACCUGAAGCUGCCAGACGAAUUUCUCCUACAUUUCUGAGAAAUUUGUUAUUUUGCUUUGCGGACUAUAAAAGGGUGGAAAUAUCAACGUUUUUUAUUUAUUUUAAUUUUUUACAGAUUUGUUUGUUUUACUGUCCAAUGAUGUAUUGUGGAUUUAUACUGUUCCUUUCAACCCAACUCAUUGUUGUGGCUCCAUUGAUUCCAAACGGUAAGUGGACUGUUGAAAUAUCAUAUUUCCUAACAUUAGCUUUAUAAACCUUAAUUUGGACGAUUUGUCAUCACGACUCACCUGUUUUUGGCAUGUCUACGGAGGUGCAUCUAGGCUACAGUACAGGGUUUUACUGGACGCAACUCUCUAGUCUAAAUCAGUUGAAAGUCAGCCUAUCCAAAACGGUAUAGUUUAUUGGUUAUAUAUUUAUCUAAAGGUGCCAUUCCCUCAAGAGGGAAUAAAUGUUUUUUUUUUUCAAGGUGUUCGUUGUCAUUUAUUGUUUAUGGUGUGGGUAAGUGGGCACUUGUGAGAUCAUAUCUUCAUAUUUUUUAUGUUAUUUACUAUUCAUUCAGUAAAUAACAAACAUAAAAAUGACACAAAGUAUCUUAUUUCUGACUCAUAUCUCAUGCCUCAAUAGUUUUGAAACAAGCACACUGUUAAAUGUGUGUUUUCACAUCUUCUGUUGGUUAAUCAUUUCCACUGAGGAAUGGCAAAGUGUUAUUACUCUUCAGAAUGAUAAAACAUACUUUUUUUAAAGGUUGCCUACACCCUCAUCUUGUUUUUUCCUGUUCAUUCGAAAAUCAGAUGUAAUUUCUCUCUCAUGGAUUUCCUUCUUAAAUAAUUAUCUCUGUUUGUUUUAGUUGCAGAUACAUGUGGAGAUAACAUUGAGAUAACCAAUGCAGAUUAUCUCACCUCGACUGGCUAUCCGACCUCAUACCCUCCAUCACAACAAUGUAUGUGGGUGAUAUCAGCCCCAGAACCGGGCCAGAAGAUACUCAUCAACUUUAACCCUCAUUUUGAUCUGGAGGACCGAGACUGCAAGUAU